AUGUUCGGAUUGGUGGAGGCUGAAUACCUUUCCUCGACUGAGCUAGCAAAGACUACGAACGGAUCCUACAAAGGCAUAUAUCUCCCUCAAUACAACCAGGACCUGUUCCUGGGUGUACCCUAUGCCCAACCACCCUUAGAAACACAACGGUUUCGGAACCCCGUGCAUCUCACCACAAAUUGGACAGGGGAGCGUCCUGCCACUAAAUAUGCGUUUGAAUGCAUCGGCUACGGUGUAGACCAGAAAGGCUACCUCCAGAGCCAGGACUGUCUCUACCUGAACGUUAUCCGGCCUCAUGGGUUCGAGAACGAGUCUCUACCUGUUCUAGUUUGGAUUCACGGUGGCGGGUUCCGCCAAGGAGGAACAAUGGAUCGACGGUACAACCUGACCUUCAUCGUGGAAAACUCGGUCAACAUCAGCAAGCCUAUCAUGGCAGUCAGCAUCGCGUAUCGGCUCGGCCCGUUUGGCUUCUUCAACGGCGACGAUGUAGCGGCUGAGGGUGCACUCAACUUAGGACUUAAGGACCAGCGCCUUGCCUUGCAUUGGAUUCAGGAGAAUGUUGCUGGUUUUGGAGGCGACCCCCGCAAGGUCACAAUCUACGGCCAAAGCGCCGGCUCCGAAAGCGUAGGGUAUCAUCUUCGUGCGUUCAACGGCCGAGAUGAUGGUCUGUUCCGGGCUGGGAUUAUGGAAUCGGGACCUGGCAUCCCGCAAGGUCCCCUCAAUCUGACCGCCAGCUAUCAGUCGAAGUAUGAGGGCAUCGUUCUCGAAGCAGGCUGCUCCCAAGCAAAGAAGAAACUCGACUGCCUGCGCGCCCUUCCAUUUACUGUGCUGAACAACGUUCUGAACCAGACCGCCUAUAGUACCGGCUGGGAACCUACAAUCGACGGGAACUUUGUGGCACGAUACCCAAGCCAGCAGGUGGAGGAUGGCUCCUUUGUCCGUGUGCCCAUCAUUGCUGGCACCACGACGGACGAAGGGAGCACCCAGUCUCCCAAGCCCGUGAAUACCACAGCCGAGUUACGAGGCUGGAUGAACACAACAUCAAGCUACCAGCUCGCCCUCCCUGACUCCCUAAUCGACACUUUGCUAACCUUCUACCCCAACACCACCACCUUCGGCAUCCCCUCCUCGUCCGAACUUGGCGGUAAUAACAUCAUCCUCCCUCAGCCUUACGGCGCCGCCUUCCGCCAAGCAGCGGCCUACUUCACCGACCAAGUCUUUACGGCAUCCCGCCGACGCACCUGCGAAGCUUGGGCCGCUCACAAUAUCUCCGCCUACUGCUACCGCUUCAACACCAAGCCCGCAACCUCCACCUGGGUCGAAGGCGUCGCGCACUUCUCCGACGUAGCCUUUGUCUUCAACAAUCUCGACGGAUACGGGUAUAAUCCUAACCCGUUUGAUGUCGGAAACCUGACGGAGAGUUAUAUUCUCCUGAGUUAUCUGAUGGCUGGGUCGUGGGCGAGCUUUGUGACUGAUUUGGAUCCAAAUGCGUGGAGUGGACGCGGGAGGAAUGCCACUCAGGCGGAUUGGCCACGUUAUAUGGUUGAAAGGCCGCUGAAUAUCGUUUGGGAUGCAAAUAUUACGAGUUACGUUGAGGUGGAUGAUUGGCGGAAGGAGGGAAUUGCGUUGAUUAAUGAAAUUGCCCUAGCUUAUGGGCGGUAG